UCUCCAUGUGCCGACUGCUCGCGCGGACAGACGGGAAUCCGCUUACCGAGCGUCCGCAUCAGGCAAAGGCGCCCCUCGCGUUGCGCUCGACCCUCUUCGGCUCGGCUCCACGCUGCGAAUUGCAGACCAAGUGUGAACGGUGGUGAACCGUGCGGCUCAGUUUUGGGUCCGUCACGCGAUUGAAUUUGUCGCUUUUUUUCCUCCCCCCCAUCCUCCUUUGUUUUUCUUUAAGCCCUGGAAGUAUUCUUUCCCAGCACACGGACGUGUUCUGUUCCUGCGCGAGGAGAGACCUCCACUCAAAGUAGACAUGUGUAUGAGGCAAGACUCUCAAUUGAAGACCCUCUUCGCGGUUUUGGUCCUUACUGCCGCCGUGGCCGACGUGCAUGGACGAGUGGCAGAGGACAACAACGGAAUCAGCAAGAGGACACUGGACCUGGACAGGGACUCGCCAACCCAGGAAACGGAGAGCGAACUCCGCUCUGUCACCACUGUCUCACCCAUGAACCUGCCCAACCACCGACCUGUCCUCAAGGGCCUGCUGCUUCAUGAGCACCUGCUUACAAGGGAUUUCCAGGGAGACCAACACUUUUUUAAGAGAGAUGACUCUGACUCUGUAGCUGCAUAUUCCACCAUGCCGGGCUCCGUGUCCGCCUCAGACGGGGGGUACCCAGUCACUCAGGUGGUGCCCCAUGAGGAUGCCCCAGCCUUUUCAGACAUUGCGAGCACUGCCACUGCCGCUGCCACCUCCCCACCGACCACAUUUUCCCGCACAACAUCAAGGCCUGUCUGCCAAGGCAUGUGUGUCCCUCAAAAGAUGUCAUUUAAGACAAAGGGGAUGGACAAGGUGGAGCCAACAACAGGCUCCCUCACCACGCAAGUGUCACUCAAUAGCAGAGGCUCACUCAGCGAGAACCCAGGGGCGUCCGCAUCAUCGCAAAGAAGCCACUCUCAAAUUGUGAAUGCGCCUCCCGUAGAAGUGACCCUGGCACCCUCUUCGAUGCAGGCGGAGGAAGGGGAAGCCAGGCAAACAGCGCUGAAAGGGAACACCGGCCCCGAUAAUCCACUGCUGAACAUAGCUUCCCAAGAGGAUGGUGCCAACACCACGUCCACUACCGUAAUCACCACCAUCACCACCAUGCAAACAGCAGAGCCGUGCAGCCUGAAUUUCACUGACCCUGAGGGCAACAUCAAAAUCCUGCAGCAGCUUGACUCUGGAACAGAGUGUAACUACCUGGUUACGGUCUACCUGGGAUAUGGCAUUGAGGUUCAGGUGCUAAAUGUGAGUGCGUUAGAGGGAGAGCAGGUGACAGUGGAGGACACCGGUGGCCAGGAACCCUUCAUCCUUGCCAACGAGUCAGUCUUGAUGAGGGGCCUUGUACUGCGCAGCUGGAGCAAUCAGAUCUCCAUCCGAUUUCGUAGUGACCAACCGAACAACUACAGAUUUCUUCUUCUGCAUUACCAAGCCUUUGUGCUAAGCUGUGCAUUCCCCAAAGAGCCGGCUGGUGGAGAAGUUUCCGUGACGCACCUGCACCCUGGCGGAGGGGCCUACUUUCGCUGUUUCACCGGUUACAAGCUGCAAGGUGCCAAAAUGCUCACGUGUCGCAAUGCAACAACGCCCUACUGGAGUGGAAAGGAGCCCCGGUGUGUCGCAUCCUGUGGGGGAAUGAUAAAAAAUGCUACCUAUGGUCGAAUUGUCUCUCCUGGUUUCCCUGGCAACUACAGCAACAACUUGACGUGCCACUGGGUCCUGGAGGCCCCCGAAGGCCAUCGGCUCCACAUUCACUUUGAGAAGGUGGCUCUGGCAGAGGACGAUGACAGGCUGCUGAUUAAGAAUGGCAACAACAUCGACUCUCCCCCCGUGUACGACUCCUAUGAGGUGGAGUAUUUGCCCAAUGAGGGUGUGCUCAGCACUGAACGUUACCUGUUUGUAGAGUUCACCACAGAUGGGACGCUGACCUCCACCGGUGCAGCGAUCAGAUACGAAGCUUUUGCGAAAGGCAUGUGCUAUGAGCCUUUCGUCAAGUACGGCAACUUCAGCGGCGGUGACUCCAACUACAACGUGGGUGCGGUGGUUGAGUUCUCGUGUGACCCCGGGUACACGCUGGAGCAAGGCUCCGUAGUGAUUGAGUGCGUGGACUCACAAAACCCUCAGUGGAAUGAGACUGAGCCGGCUUGCAGGGCUGUGUGCAGCGGGGAGAUCACAGACUCUGCUGGUGUGGUGCUGUCUCCUAAUUGGCCUGAGGCCUACGACAAGGGGCAGGACUGCAUCUGGGGUAUCCAUGUGGAAGAGGACAAGAGGAUCAUGCUUGACAUCCAAGUUCUCCACGUUGGUAAGAAUGAUCUGCUGACCUUCUAUGACGGGGACGACCUGACGGCUAACAUCCUGGGCCAAUACAGUGGCACACGUCCACACUUCAAGCUGUACACCUCCAUGGCUGAUGUUACUAUUCAAUUUCAAUCCGAUCCUGCCACCAACAUCUUUGGAUACAACAAUGGCUUUGUGGUCCACUUCUUUGAGGUGCCGAGGAACGACACCUGCUCCGAGCUGCCGGAGAUCACCAACGGCUGGAAGAGCACGUCCCACCCCGACCUCGUCCACGGCACCGUCAUCACCUACCAGUGCUACCCUGGAUUUGAGCUGGUGGGCUCUGAGAUCCUCAUGUGCCAGUGGGAUCUCACUUGGAGCGCCGAUGUGCCGAAAUGUCAGGAAGUGAUGACAUGCCAGGACCCAGGAAACGUGGAGCACAGUCGCAAGGUGAUCGCAGGCAACCGUUUCACCGUUGGCUCCACGGUGCACUUUGUCUGCAAUAAAGGCUACAUCCUGUCUGGCAGCAGCCUCCUCACCUGCUACAACCGAGAUUCAGCCACACCCAAGUGGAACGAGAGGCUACCAAAGUGUGCCCCUGAGAAGUACGAGCCAUGCAGGAACCCCGGUGCCGCCUCCACCAGCGUGCAGAGCUCUGAGAAGGCCUUUUACCAAGCCGGGGAGGUACUUAGCUUCUCCUGCCACUCGGGCUACGAGCUGCAGGGUGAUGCCAACAUCUACUGCAUCCCCGGACACCCGUCACAGUGGAACAGCACUCCACCUGCCUGCAGAGCAUCCACAACCGAAUAUGUGAACGAACGCAGGUUGGAUGUUGUAAAUAUGGAUUAUAACAUGGAGGGAACCAAUAUUACCCUCGCGGUUUUAAUUCCAACCGCUAUCAUCUUGGUGGUGGUUCUCGGGAUUUAUGUCUACUUUGCAAAACUCCAAGGGAAGACCAUCAGAAUGCCAUCAUCCUUGCCACCGUAUGACAACAUGACAGAAGAGUCAGCUUUCGACAACCCUACAUACGAGAGCGGACCCUGGCAGUCUCAUUCUAGAUACUAACUGUCAGUCAGUCCACUUUGGCUGUACUGCUGACAAACCGUGAGGUGUAAUGUCUUCCUGGUGCAGAGAGACCAUCUCACUUAUCGUCACUUCACCCUUUUUUGUUUUGACUACAACUGCUAUAACUGGCCACACAUUCUGAUCAGCUGGUUGGUCCUUCUACGAUUAAUCUUUAAUAUACACUGGCUGUCAAAACCCAUGUCAGUAUUUACAGACCACUCCGGGUAAACAGAACCGCUGGUUGACGAUCAUUGUAAACACAUUGUUAAAGUAUACAUCACAGAGUUGGCCUCUUGAAACAUGCAAUCAUGUUUGUUUGGCCUUUACAACAAAAAUAGAUUUGAAACAAUUCUUAAAUGCAUGAAAACUCUUUACCCUAUAAAUAUAUGAUUUUUAUUUUUUUUUAUUUUAGCCUUUAAGAUUGUAACUUGUUUUUCUCUUUUGCAUUGCAUCUGUCAUAUGAUCAUUUCAGUAAGGAUAACGUUGGGCUGUCUUGCUUCAUUAACUGUUGUAUGUGUGAUUAUGACAUCUAUGCCACAUGCAUACUGGUCAUAUUUACUUCUGUCUGUUUAAAGUAUAGCAGCAGCACUUCAUUUAUGGGAAUUAAAUUUGUUAUCUAGUUAUUUCUUCAGAAAAGAUCGAAGUUGCCAACAUAUAAUAAUUGGAAAAAAUGAUUUUGUGCGUCUUGUUAGGCUUUCAAUGGGUACGUAUUGAUAAUACAUGUUAAUGGAUAUUAAUAGUUUUCCACUGUAAACAUAUUUAACUAUAUCUCUUCUCGUGACUUCAUCUUUUCUGUUUUUGUGUGUAUCUCCCCAUGUUUUAUGUGCAAGACAUUACUGACAAACAGUAUUCCUCUUAAGAAAAUCAUCAUUAUGCCAGCACGUUAGAGAGAUUAUUUAUCUUAACUCAAACAUUUUAAAUAAAACCCGAAAAAGUAAGAUGCCGUUGAUUUAAAAUACUGUGCAUCACAAAUUGCACAAUACUCUAAUUCUUUGUUCAUUGAUUUAUUUGUCUGGUCUUUACAGGACAAAUGAACACGAGAGGUGUCCAUUUAGACCUUAAAGCAAGAAUUGCUAAAGCUCUGCCUUUUGGGACCCUCUCCACACUGCCCAUCGUUUCCCUCAAAGCUUUUUGUUCCCAAUGAAUUUUCUUUCCAUUUUCCCUUUGUGUGGAACUGUAAAUAUGUAUUUCUCUCCACGGUCAAAAUCUGGGAAUCUGGGAAUCACCAUGGUGAUAUUUUUAUAAAGUAAAAUGGUGAUGGCCGUUGGUGAUUGUACGUUUCUAAGUACUUUUUUUGAUGCCCUAAUCUAGUAGCAAUUAGAGACUGAGGGAAACGGUGCGUUGAUUGUCGAGAUCUGUUGGGAUCAAAAGUCCCAAUCACUCAUCAUGCUUUGGAAAGUUGCCACCAUGUUUUUUUUUCAUUUUCUUUGUGUGUAUGGGCCUGCUCUUUGUAAAUAAAAUGCCUGUCCAAUAAGAGUGCCUCACAACUGACUAUAACCUGAGAAGUAUCACAUGUUUGCAAACUCAAUCUUUUGUUUGUCUAUUAUUAUUAUUAUUAUUAUUAAUAUUAUUAUGUAUUUAUGUGCCUGAUAUUAUCAGCACGGUGUUGAGGCUUUUCCAUCGUACAGUUUCUCUUAUAGAAACAGAAAGAAAUGACGCUGAAUUUACUUUCCUACGAGCUGAUGCGGGGUUUUUAACUGGAUACUCCAUCAGUGGCUUUCUCACUUACUCCUAACGCAUUGUUUUCAUGUAUCAGCUAGUAUCAUGUACUAUUUUGUUCAAAUGUCGCAUUGGAGCAUCUGCCUCAAAGGAUAAAUAGUCAUUUGUUCAUUUUUGUAUGUUCCAAAAUGUGAUUGCGCAUCCGUAUCAAUAAUCGGAACACGAGAUAAGAACCCACUUAAAGAAUAGCCUUGAUUUACAAGGAGAACUACUGCCGGCUAUUGUGUCAGACAGCAGAUCUAUUCCUGUGUUGCAAUUGAAAUUUUAGUAUGCCAAAAGAAUCCUGAUAUAACAGAUGGUUCUCCGUUGGGAUCACAUUUGGCCAUAUGCUUGGGUUCAAUCUGUAUGUCCUUUGUGCAAAUCUUUUUCCAUCAUUAAAUCUGCUGCAACCGCUCCCAGGAAACCAAAUCACCUUCAAAUAUCUAUAUUCCUCUCAUUGAUAAUAAAAGUAAUUGUUCCUUAAA